AUGGAAAUAUAUAAAAUUUGGCAGUACGGAAAUUCUUAAUAUAAUGAGAUAUUGGAGGAAUUUUGGAGAUUUAAAUAGGUCAUUCUAAACUACUUAACCAAUUUUGAAGAUAUCAUAUUAGAUGUUAUCAAAUCUCAUAUCAACUUUACUUCCGUAUUUCCUGAGGUUUAUAAUUUCAUUGAGAAAGAAUUUUCAAUUAAAGAUUUUGUGAAUUCAAUUUAAAAUAAAUACACAAUUUCAAACAAUCACAUUUAAUAUAAGGGUAUCAAAAAUGAUACGAACCAAUUGAAGAUAGAAUUAUAGAAGAUAUACACUUAAAUUUAAAUGAUAUUUCAAUAGUAAUUGUUGAACCAGCAAUUGUUACCUUCCAGAAUGAUUAAUUUAGAUGAUUAGUCUCAUCAUUAGGAGAUUGAAAUAAUUAAUUAAAAUGAAAUUAGAAGAUCCAAGCUGUCUAGUAUAUAUAUAUAAUUAAGUAUCAAGAUGGUAGAUGGUUAAUUUAGACUGUAAGGAUCCAGAAAGAAAAGGACUAUUGUUUUAAAUCCCAGAAUCUCGUGUUUACAAUCAACGGAUCUGACAUAGUCUUUGGUGUUGCUUCAUAUUCUCAAGUCGAAAAACACAAUUUUGAAAUGCAAUAUCCCAUUCCCAGUGCAUAUUUUGUUAGAUAGGAUGGAGGUAAUUGAUAAGUGUAAGAUUUUAGUUCAUUUUGGGUUUGGUUUAACUGAAGUCUAACAAGAUUUUAGUGGGCCUGGGUUCUGUUCUAAGAAAGGACAGAAGGUUAGUAUGAAGUUAUAGACUGGUUAGAAUAUAUUGAUUUUGGAAAAUUUAGUCACGAGUGAAAAGGACGAGUAUGUAAUACCUGAAUUAUUUGAUGAUUGGUGUUAUAUCUUUGGAUUUAGAUUUCAAAAUGAUUCAAUAAUAUUGGAAUAGUGA